AGGAAAACAAGAACACCAACUGGCAACUACCAUUUUGGCAGACCGCGCAUUUUAUUCCACCAUUGCUCUUCCCUCUCUAAGGUAACCACGUGUCUGUUCCUGCCACACAAGAUUUCCCGAAAGAAAUUCGCACAAUAAUGACUCGUUACGCCAGAGCAAACGGUUCUAAAUCAUGCAAUGCUCGUGUGAGUGCAGAUCCGACGCCGUGGUCCGAAAUGGUUUCCCCUAACAAGCGCGUAGCCGAAAGCAUCGAUGAUGAUGACGUUACAACUCCUAAAAGAGAGAAGAAAACUCCCAAGAAGACUCCCAAAGUUGUCAAGCUUGAACCUGGGACGCCAAAAUCACUUGCUGUUCUUAAGAGUCCAGUUCAUGAAACUUCACCACUAGUAGCUACAACAUCUGCUAAAAAGGUUUUGCGGAAAACUCCUGCAAAGCAGAAGGACACAAGCUCUGUUAAUACCCCUGGAAAUGCCAGCACCCCACAAGCAGGAAAGCUUUCACAACCGAGUCCAAUUCAAACAAGGUCAGCACGUAAGAAGAAAGCUGAACUUAAUGCAAUACUGGGAACCCCAAAUAGUAAGGCAGUUUCUCCAACUAAAACUGUUAAGGGGACAAAUUUAAACUCGAAGACUACAAGGAAAACCCAAAAAAGUACUCCUAAGGCUAAAGGAAUGAAAAAUAGCAAUAAAGAAGACUUUAAACUUGAGCUUGAUGAUGAAAUGGAUUCUGACGAUUUGGAUUCUGAUGACAACAUGGGCCCUGAUCAUGAUUCAGAUGACAUUGAUUCAGAUGAUGAAUUUAUAGAUGAAGAGCAUGCUGCAAAACUAAAAGCAGAACUUCAAUCAAUCAUCAAUAAACCAGUCAAUAGCAAGUCAAUUCUGAAGAGCACUAAAACACCAGUUAAGAAAACGAAAACGCCGGCGAAGGAAUCCCAUGCAUCCAAAAAAAGCCCAAUUAAGGCGGACACUCCAGCAAAGGAAACGCUUGAGCAGGGUAAAACUUCAGCGAAAGAAACGUCUACUCAGGUUAAAACUCCAGCCAAGGGAACGCCUAUUCAAGUUAAAACUCCAGCAAAGGAAACAUCUAUUCAGUUUAAAACCCCAGCCAAGGAAACACCUAUUCAGGUUAAAACCCCAGCCAAGGAAUCACCUAUUCAGGUUAAAACCCCAGCCAAAGAAACACCUAUUAAAGCUGAAAAUUCGGCCAAAGAAACAUCUGUUCAAGCUAAAACUCCAGCAAAGGAAACAUCUAUUCAGGCUAAAACUCCAGCCAAGGGAACCCCAUCUCAACCUAAAAUUCUGGCGAAGGUAACGCCUACUCAAACUAAAACCCCAGCCAAGGAAAACCCUACGCCAGCUAAAACUCCAGCCAAGGAGACGCCUACUCUAGCCAAAACUUCAGUGAAAGAGACCCCUACCCAAGCUAAAACCCCGGCGAAGGAAACGCUUACUGUAGCCAAAACUCCGGCCAAGAUUCCUGCCCCGGUUACAACCCCAGUGAAGGAAAUUCUUACUCCAGCAAAAACUCCAGCCAAGGAGGCGCCUACUGUAACCAAAACUUCAGCGAAAGAGACCCCUAUCCAAGCGAAAACCCCGGCGAAGAAAACGCUUACUGUAGCCAAUACUCCGGCCAAGACUCCAGCGAAGGAGAUUCCUGCCCCGGCUACAACCCCAGUGAAGGAGAUUCCUACUCCAGCUAAAACCCCAGCGAAGGAGACGUCUGCUUCGGAUAAAACUACGACCAAGGGGUCUCCUGCACAGGUGAAAACUCCCAAAAAGCCUCCGACAACAACGCUCGCCACGGAAACCACUGCUCCAGUUAAAGCCCCGGCUAAAGGCAAAGAAACUUCGCCUCCAGUGAAGACUACAGCUAAGGCGAAAAACUCUGCGUCUCUGGCUGAAACUUCGGCAGCGGAUGCCACAUGUCAAGCAACAAGUGCAGUACAGGAUAAAAAGGCUCCCGCGAAAUCGUUGACUUUAGGGAACUCAAAAUUGCCAAACAAUAGAGAACGAAAAGCUCUGAAGGCCAAGGAAAAUCAAGCACCGAAAGAGUCAGGAGUUUCCGAAGUGGCCCAUAAAGGAUCACCUAACGAUUCACAAGCUGAAGAUGCAAAAGCAGCCAAAGCUGCAAAAGCUCUAGCGAGGAAGUUAAGGUGGAAAAAAAAGAGACUUGAAGCUAGAGACAAGAAAAUUGCUGCAAUGCAGGCAGAGAAUAGUGGAAAUAGUGAUUCACAAAUAAAUAAUGGAACCUCAUUGUCAGAAAAGGAGGCUAAUGGCGCAGUUAAAAAAACUGUCGUACACGACAUGAUGAAAUAUCUUACUUCUAGACAAAUAGGCUUAACGUCGUCAAAUCAGUCUCCGAAAACUAAGACGAAUGCCGCAUUGGCCGAAGAAGAAAGAUUUGUCGAAGUUCGCAAGAAGCUAGUAGCCAGUGGCAAAACGGAGGAAGAAAUCGAUCGAGAUCUUCCGAGGAUAAUGAUGGCGAUCCAGAAGCGCUUAGAGGGAACCCGAUGCCUUAGGUGUCGUAAAAGGGGACACAUGCAGAGAGACUGUCCGGUUUCUGAGCGACGACUGGCCAGCAAAUGCUAUAAAUGCGGAGACACGACGCACACUAUUAAAGAUUGUUCCAUCAAGGAAGAGGUUUACACUUAUGCAGAGUGUUUCAUUUGCCGCCAGACUGGUCAUCUUACUCGAAGUUGCCCUAGUAACCCAAAAGGGAUUUACCCUCAUGGUGGUGCGUGCUUUAAAUGCGGUGACAAUAGUCACUUGAGCAAAUCUUGUCCUGGUACCAAACGAUCCCAGGACGAAAAAAAAAUGUCAGACGUUAUUCAGAAGAAAGUCAUCGCUGGCGUACUGAACGUUAAACAGUCCGCUGAUGCUGACGUCAUGGAGGAUACCGUUGAAAAGAUUCAAAACAAAACUCCAAAGCAAGGAAAUAAAAAGCGGGUCGUGAAAUUUUGAUGCAUUGACUAGUGGUGUACUAAACAUUUAUGUAUACACCAUAUGCUGUCCUAAUCGGAUUCUUGUGAAUUGACUUACGGGAAAUACACGGUUCUUCAAGA